CUAGCAUCCAACCACAAAAAACACAAACUCAACAUGAAAUUCGUCAUUGUUUUCGUUGCUCUUUUCGGUUUGGCUUUGGCCGCUCCACCAUCCGCAUCCGGAGAUGCUAUUGUCACCCGUCAGGAUUCUGAAGUAGGACCCGAAAGCUACCAAUACAAUGUUGAAACAAGCGAUGGCAAGUCUGUAAGCGAAGAAGGUCACAUUGAGGACCUUGGAAAGGAAGACGAAGCUAUCUCAGUCAAGGGUCAAUUCAGCUACAUCGGUGAUGAUGGUGUCACCUACCAAGUCACCUACAUUGCCGACAAGAAUGGUUUCCAACCCCAAGGCGCUCAUUUGCCAGUUGAACCAAAAUUGUAAGGUGUAAUUGACUCCUUGUGAUCUUUUAAACCUGCCUUGAUCUGUCUUUUUAUUGUGAACUUCAUGUCAGCCACUGAGAGA